AUGUUACUACAGGACGAGGAAGAUGUUACUACAGGACGAGGAAGAUGUUACUACAAGAUGAGGAAGAUGUUGAUCCACAAGACGAGGAAGAUGUUGAUGAAGACUACUAUAAGACCAGGAAGAUGUUACUACAAGACGAGGAAGAUGUUGAUGAUGAAGAGUACUACAGGACGAGGAAAAUGUUACUACAAGACGAGGAAGAUGAUGAUGAAGAGUACUACAAGACGAGGAAGAUGUUACUACAAGACGGGGAAGAUGUUACUACAAGACGGUGAAGAUGUUGAUGAAGACUACUGCAAGACGGGGAAGAUGUUGAUGAUGGAGACUACUACAAGACGAGGAAGAUGUUACUACAAGACGAGGAAGAUGUUACUACAAGACGAGGAAGAUGUUGAUGAAGUCUACUACAACUACAAGACCAGGAAGAUGUUAAUACAAGACGAGGAAGAUGUUGAUGAUGACGAGUACUACAAGACGAGGAAGAUGUUACUACAAGACGAGGAAGAUGUUGAUGAUGACGAGUACUACAAGACCAGGAAGAUGUUACUACAAGACGAGGAAGAUGUUGAUGAUGAAGAGUACUACAAGACCAGGACGAUGUUACUACAAGACGAGGAAGAUGUUGAUGAUGGAGACUACUACAAGACGAGGAAGAUGUUUUACAAGACGAGGAAGAUGUUACCACAAGACGAGGAAGAUGUUGAUGAAGACUACUACAAGACCAGGAAGAUGUUACUACAAGACGAGAAAGAUGUUGAUGAUGAAGAGUACUACAAGACGAGAAAGAUGUUACUACAAGACGAUGAAGAUGUUGAUGAUGGAGACUACUACAAGACGAGGAAGAUGUUACUACAAGACGAGGAAGAUACGAGGAAGAUGUUGAUGAAGACUACUACAAGACCAGGAAGAUGUUACUACAAGACGAGGAAGAUGUUGAUGAUGAAGAGUACUACAGGACGAGGAAAAUGUUACUACAAGACGAGGAAGAUGAUGAUGAAGAGUACUACAAGACGAGGAAGAUGUUACUACAAGACGGGGAAGAUGUUACUACAAGACGGUGAUGAUGUUGAUGAAGACUACUGCAAGAUGAGGAAGAUGUUGAUGAUGGAGACUACCACAAGACGAGGAAGAUGUUACUACAAGGCGAGGAAGAUGUUACUACAAGACGAGGAAGAUGUUGAUGAAGACUACUACAAGACCAGGAAGAUGUUACUACAAGACGAGGAAGAUGUUGAUGAUGAAGAGUACUACAAGACGAGGAAGAUGUUACUACAAGACGAGGAAGAUGUUGAUGAUGGAGACUACCAUAAGACGAGGAAGAUGUUACUACAAGACGAGGAAGAUGUUACCACAAGACGAGGAAGAUGUUGA